AUGACAUUGUACCGUUGUGCACAAUGCAAAUGUAUAGUUUAUUGUUCAAAAAAUUGCCAGAAAAGACACUGGAAUGAUCAUAGGAACAAUUGUAAAACUCUUCGGGACCUGACAUGGACAUGUCAAAACAAAACACGCAGCAAUAAUAAGACAUUUACCAGUCACCUAACUCCUAGUGAGCAUGCAAAGAUUGCUAAGCUAGUAGGAAGACGGUGCACUGUAAAGUGUUCUCUAAAUGAAUUUGAGUCAACAGUAUUAUGGGAUACGGGUGCACAAGUAUCUAUUGUGUCCAAAGAAAUGAUAGAAAAACACUUUCCUAAAAAUGUUAUAAAGAACAUUUCAGAACUUAUUAAUGGUGAAUUGGAUUUAACAGCAGCUAAUGGUACACGAAUUGCGUAUAGUGGUUGGACUGAGAUAGAAGUUAGAUUGAUUUCAUCAAAAGAAAAAGAUCCAUCGGUUAUGGUUCCUUUCUUAGUAACAAACGAUAGUUUAGAAUAUCCCAUUCUUGGAUACAAUGUUAUUGAAGAACUAAUCAAGCCGAUGAAUACAUCUGAUAUUCAGUCAGCACAUAUUGCUACAGUACAAGCUAGUUUUCAAGGUUUCGAUGAGAAAGUGUUACUCGAAUUGGUUAGACUGAUACAGACAGCAAGAGCAAAUGAACUAUGCACGAUUAAGAGCCCAAAGAAAGACUUUGUUAUUCCGGCAAAGAAAACAUUUAAAGUUAACUGUCGAGCGAAUACUGGACCGGUAGAAGAAACUACACUUGUUUUGUUUGAACCGGACGAAUUAACGCCCUGGCCAGACGGUUUAUCGGUGCACGAAACGGUAACAACAGUGAAACAAGGCUCAACGUCUCAAGUAAAGAUUGAUGUGACUAAUACAACUAAUCAUGACAUUGUCGUGCGUAAACACACAGUAUUAGGAAGUCUUCAGUUAAUUAAAUCGAUUACACCUGUAGAAGUGAAGUUGGCAGAAAAGUCAAGCAAAGAAAAAGAACGAACAGUAACAGCCACACAAUCCCAAGUGAAUGCAAUGGCGAAAGAAACUCGAGAACGAGACAAUACAAAUGAUGACCAGUUUUUACCUGAAGUUGACCUUGGUGGAUUAACAGAACGUCAACGUCAAGUGGUUACUAACAUGUUGAAGGAAGAAUGUCACUCUUUUGCAAGAAAUGAUGAGGAUAUCGGUUAUAUCAAAGAUCUAGAACUAGAAAUAAAUUUGACAACAAACGAGCCAGUGCAAAAGAACUAUGUAUCGGUACCAAGACCUCUCUACCCCGAAGUAAAACAGUACAUUGAAGAUUUGUUAAAUAACGAGUUUAUAAGAGAGUCAAAAUCAGCUUAUUCAUCCCCAGUAGUAUGUAUUCGCAAAAAGGAUGGAACUCUGCGACUUUGUGUCGAUUAUAGAGAACUUAACCGUAAGACAGUGCCAGAUAGGCAUCCUAUUCCGCGCGUCCAAGAAACUCUCGAUAGUUUAGGUGGUAACGCUUGGUUUAGUGUAUUGGAUCAGGGUAAGGCGUAUCAUCAAGGAUUUGUGAAACCAUCCUGCCGACCGUUAACAGCAUUUGUGACACCCUGGGGGUUAUAUGAAUGGGUAAGAAUUCCAUUCGGUCUUAUGAACGCCCCAGCAAGUUUUCAGAGGUUCAUGGAACAGUGUUUAGGAGAAUUACGUGAUGAAAUUGCCAUUCCUUAUUUGGAUGAUGUGAUCGUAUUUAGUAGAACAUUCGACGAACAUGUCGAACACUUACGAACAGUUUUACGUCGCCUAAGAGAACACGGUGUAAAAUUAAAGCAAAGAAAAUGUAAAUUGUUCAAACGUGAAGUCACAUUCCUCGGUCGAGUAGUAUCGAAAGAUGGCUACAGAAUGGAUCCCGAGAACAUUAACGCAGUUGCGAGUCUAAAGAACAAUACUCCUCAUACAAUAGGAGAUCUUCGAAAAAUGCUUGGAUUACUCAGUUACUAUCGUCGUUAUGUACCCAAUUUCGCGCGAAAGGCUAAACCAUUAUACGACCUUGUUACACAAGCAGCAAUAACAGACCCGUGUCAUGAUCAAGAGAAAGGUAACAAAAACACCAGAAAGAAAGGUCAAGUGCCAUCAUCAUUCAAAAUCGCGUGGACUGAGAUACAUCAGACUGUGUUAGAGAAACUCAUUGAUCAUCUGAUAACACCUCCGGUUAUGGCAUAUCCAGAUUAUCAAAAACCCUACAUCGUGCACACUGAUGCCUCGAAAGACGGUCUAGGUGCUGUCUUAUACCAGGAACAGGAAGAGACAAUGCGAGUCAUUGCCUACGCCUCUCGAAGUCUGACGAAUGCAGAAAAGAACUAUCACCUCCACGCAGGAAAAUUAGAAUUUCUGGCACUCAAAUGGGCAAUCACCGACCACUUCCGUGAUUAUUUAUAUUACGCGCCUGAAUUUACGGUUUAUACCGAUAACAAUCCAUUAACAUACGUUUUAACAUCUGCACGACUUAAUGCCACAGGCUUAAGAUGGAUUGGAGAACUGGCCGACUUUAAGUUCAACAUCCGUUAUCGUCCAGGAAAACUCAAUGGAGACGCCGAUGCAUUGUCCAGAAUGCCUAUGAAUAUUGACGAUUAUAUGAAAACAUGCAGUGAAGAGGUUAAUCGCGACGCUUUCCAAGCGACUGUUUGUGGAGCAAAAGUACAGGUCGAACAGUUUCAAACACCUUUGCUCUUUCCUCCUGAGAUUACUCGAGCGGAUGUUAGUUUAAACCAAGCAUCUAUAAAUUUGAAGACAGCACAGAAUGACGACGCAGAUAUUGACCGCGUCAUAACACUUAAAAUAGCGAACACGUAUUUGUCUCCUCAUGAAAGAAAGCAGGAAAGCCACACUGUACAGCAGCUGUUAAGAGAAUGGAAUAAGUUAAAAGUGGGGACUGAUGGAGUUCUGUACCGACUAGCAGGAACAGUCCGUCAAGUUGUACUACCUGGACGUCUACGUCAACAAGUUUAUAAAGAGUUGCAUGAAGAGAUGGGUCAUUUGGGUUCUGAACGCGUCAUUGACUUGGCUCGAGAACGAUUUUUUUGGCCUCACAUGAAACAAGAUAUAACUCACUACGUCACGAAAGUCUGUCAUUGCUUAAAGAGUCGGAAACCCGUAGGAAACCAACGUGAACCAUUACAUCCAAUCGUACCCACCGCACCCUUCCAAAUGGUCUCUAUCGACUACCUUCACCUCGAAACAAGCGUAGGAGGCUAUCAAUACAUCCUGGUUGUUAUGGACCACUUUACGAGGUAUGCUCAAGCUUACGCGACUCGUGACAAAUCAGCCAAGACCGCUGCAGACAAACUCUAUAACGACUUUAUCUUGCGCUAG